AUGUCCAACAAGGCUGCACUCGCCUCGCUUAUCGCGGAAGAAGACAGAUGGGGCUGGUGUCCAACACGGCGCGACCGGUGGCUCUACCCCCGGGUACUGGGGGUGAGCAGGGCGCUGGAGUUGCUGUACACAGCGGACUGGCUGGAGGCUGAUGAGGCACUGCGCCUCGGUGUGCUCACCGGCAGGUUCCUUACGAGGAACUGGAGCGGAGACUAUGCGCUGGCUUCCAGAUCGCUGGAAAGGCCCCGGUGGCAAUCGCCUGUCAAGGGAAUGGUCUACCGAGGGUUGGGUCAAUCCCUCGAGGAGCAUCUGCCUGAGGCCGCCCACGCGGAGAUCCUGUCCCUGGCCACCGAGGACCACCGGGAAGCCCUGGCCGCGUUCCUUGAAAAGCGGGAACCAAAGUUCAAGGGCCGCUAG